CCCGGGGGCUAGUAGCCACACAGUAGGUAUGACAAGUAACAAGCCGGUGUGAGGGCGGACGUGAUAAUGCCAGAAGCUUAGAGACGAUACCGGGGUGAUACCCCCCCCCCCAUUACCCCGCAGUAAGCGAAGCCACAGAGCGGGCAGAAGGGUCUGACAGGCAGGUGCCCGCCCCCUGGUGACGCGUAGGGGCGGAGUCGGAGCGGCUGUUCUGAUCUGUGUAAUGUAUCCCGCUGUAUGGGGUCCGGCUCCUCUGCUCAAGGUCUGUUCGUCGGUUGGAUUCAGCCAUGUUGUUUCAUGAGUCGGAACCAGCAGGGCAGAGAACAUAAACAGCCAGACGGUGGCGCCCCCUAGAAGAUGACAAUUGAGGAUUUGGGAACCGGUCGCCUUGAGAAAGACUCUCUCCGUGUGGUUAGAAAUUACCGGGCUUAUUACGUGGGCUGCAAGAGGCCGGUGACCUUCUCCAUCUGUGCCGCACCCAUGCCUUCCGACUGCGAAUUCUCCUUCUUUGACCCAAACGAUGCCUCCUGCCAGGACAUUCUGUUUGAUCCCAACACUUCCGUUCCGGAGCUGUUUGCCAUCCUGCGCCAAUGGGUUCCCCAGGUUCAGCAGAGCAUCGAUGUCAUUGGUAAUGAGAUCCUGAAGAGGGGAUGUGGCGUCAACGACCGAGAUGGACUCACCGACAUGACCCUCCUGCAUUAUACCUGCAAGUCUGGGGCCCAAGGCAUAGGAGACGCCGAGACGGCGGCGACGUUCGCUUCUCGCCUGAUCGACCUGGGGGCAGACAUCAACCUGCGGAGCCGCUGGACCAAUAUGAACGCUCUGCACUACGCAGCCUACUUUGACGUCCCCGAGCUCAUCGGGGUUAUCCUGAAAAACUCCAAGCCAAAAGAUGUGGAUGCCACCUGCAGUGACUUUGAUUUCGGCACGGCUCUGCACAUUGCGGCCUCCAACCUGUGCCUGGGAGCGGUGAGAAGCCUCCUGGAACAUGGAGCUAAUCCUGCCUUCCGGGACGACAAAGGACAAGUCCCAGCAGAUGUGGUUCCUGACCCGGUUGACAUGCCGCUGGAAAUGGCCGAUGCCGCUGCCGUAGCCAAGGAAAUCAAACAGAUCCUGCUGGAUGCCAUUCCCUUGUCCUGCGAUCUCUCCAGGGUCACCCCCACGGGCCGUGAAACUGCCCCCAGCAUCUCUUCCCUCUUGGCGGCCGCUCUGAAGAUCGGGGACAGGGUGCUCAUCGCUGGCCAGAAGGUGGGCACAUUGAGAUUUUGUGGAUCCACAGAGUUUGCAUCGGGGCAGUGGGCUGGCAUAGAGAUGGAUGAAUCUGAAGGGAAGAAUGAUGGCAGCAUUGGAGGAGUAACAUAUUUUAAAUGUCCCCAAAAACAUGGGAUUUUCGCGCCUCUCUCCAAGAUUAGCCGGGCGAGCGACUCCAUGCGCACAUUCAUCAAAAGCGCCAAAUCCGUCGCUUCCGUCCGAUCCCAAAAGCCGGACCUCAGCCGCGUCACUUCCAAGAUUAACACAGGGCUUGUCCCAUCUAAGAAGAGUGGCCUCUCCGACUCAUUCCAGGGAAGUGAAGCCUCCGACUCUGUAACGGCCAAGAAAGCUUUCUACGUCGGAUCCAGCAGCCUCUCUUCAUCCACAUCCUCCUCCUCCUCCUCAGUGGAGACUAAGCCGCCCCUUUCCAACCAUCUCCGGCACCGCGGCUCAAAUAACCGCAAAAUUUCAGCUCCGUUUAGGUCCAAGUCCUCUGCGUUAAGGACUAAUAAUGGGCUCAAGGCUCGCGCUCCGUCCGUAGGAAGCCUGCAGCACUCGCCGGCCGAAUUCCACCCCGGGGACCGCGUGCUGGUCGUGGGCCAGAGGAUCGGUACUGUCAGGUUCUAUGGGAAAACCAACUUCGCUCCAGGUUUUUGGUGCGGAAUCGAACUGGACAAGCCCCAUGGAAAGAACAACGGGUCAAUCUCUGGGGUUCAGUACUUCACAUGCCCCCCCAAACAUGGCGUCUUUGCCCCCCCAUCCCGAGUGCAGAGGGUGUCCGGCUCAGUAGACUCCCUCUCAGAAAUCCCGGCAAGCAAACUCAAUCAUUCUUUCCCAGGAUUCAGGCGGAGUUACAGUUCAACAUCAACCCGAGCGUCGCAGAGUGAGGCCGACCGGAGACAUUCCCUGGGCAGACCCAAGAAGCCGGCGCUGCGGCGGAGCUGGAGUAGCACCGUGACCACCAACAGCGGCAGCGGCGGCAUCGAGGGCCCCGUGAAACUGCACCAGGGCUCCCAGGUUCUGCUCACCAGUUCCAAUGAGAUGGCGCUGAUCCGCUACAUCGGCCCCACGGACUUUGCCCCCGGGGUGUGGCUGGGCCUGGAGCUGCGCAGCGCCAAGGGGAAGAACGACGGCUCCGUGGGGGAGAAGCGCUACUUUCACUGCAAAGCCCAACAUGGCAUCCUGGUCCGGCCCAGCCGCGUCACCUACCGGGGCAUCAACGGCUCCAAACUGGUGGAUGGACUUUGCUGACCCGGAUCCUCCCCGGGGGGUUCUGCCGCUUUGUACAUACGGACUGGAUUCCAGGGAUGCGCCAAAUCCGGGAUUCGGUUUGGUAUUCGGCCAGGGUUCAGUUUCGGCCGAAUCUAUGGUCUGGUCCUAACCAAAUCGGAUUCAGUUCAGUAUUCGGCCGAAUGCGUCGCGGUCGGUUUGGGGGUUCAGCGCACCCCGACUGAAUCCGCCAUUUAUUUGUUAUAAUAAUGUGAGCAAUUGCACUUUAUUGCCCCCCCCAUGUGUGUGUCCCCUUUCUGCUGCUGUCUGAAUCCUCCUCUUUCUGUCUCACACAUUGGUUGGUAGGCUAGACACGCCCUCUUUCCUUCUGGGGGCUUCUGGGAGUUGUAGUCCAUCUCCCUAAUGUUACUGACUGGCGGUUGAAUGUUUUUCACUCUGAAUGACACGGUGAAUCCGCACUGAGAACAAAGCACUUAUUAUUGUAUUAUGGGGGGGGGGGGGACCCCCUGUCCCUUCGCCAGCUGCUGCGCAACUACAGCUCUCACCCUGGGGCUGCUGGGAGUUGUAGUUCAGCGGGGGCGGCGCAGGUUGGACAUGGCUGUUACACGUUUGAAUAAUAGAGGAUGAAUUCCCCGUUGGGAGGGUGUUGUUAUACCUGUGUGUAUAUAUAUAUAUAUUGGGGGGCUUUGAUGACACUGGGGUGCAGCCGCUUUGGCUGUGAGUUUGUUCCACAGAGAUUGUCACUGGUAUGUACUAACCUCCUGAAUGUGUUUGUGGUGCAAGAGCUGAAUGUAUCGGGGGAGGGGGCGGCACUGGGGGCUCAUACGCACCAUAUUGCCCCAUCCCAGGGCUGCUCCUGCCUCUUCCCAUCGCUCUCAGUAACGCUGCUUUUCCUGUAAGCUUCCAUUAGAGUCCUCAAGGCCAACCCACUCCUACCUGCCCCCCCCAUAAACAGCCAUCAGAGCAUUCAAGUCCCACCCACUGCUUAAAUCACAAACACCCCUCCCCCUGUAUGCAUCCAUUAGAGUCCUUAAGCCCAGCCCACUUCUACCUGUCCCUGCAUCCAGCACUGUAUUCCCACCCACUGCUUAAAUCACAGACUCCCUACCCAUCCCCCAUUAAGCUGCCAUUAGAGUCCUCAAGGCCUGCCUACUGCUACCUGCCCCUCCCCCUGUAA